UUUCCCUGCUCGGACAUCUGCUGGCGGAGCUUCCAGUAGCCAGAGAGAGGAGAGAGCGCGUCCCGCCGCAGCUCCCGAAACUUCUCUCUGACUUCUCCACAGGCAGGCUGCUCGUUUUUUUAGGGGGGAUUCGAAUUGACUGAUUGAUGCGCUGCUGACUCUUUAGGGCCAAACAUGAAGCUCGGGCUGUCGCUGGCCUCGGCUGCCUUCCUGGCAGCGCUCUUCUCCUCCAUAGACGCUCAAGUGGAACCACCUUCAGACUUGAAAUUUAAAAUUCUAAAUGAAAACUCAGUGGAAAUGUCAUGGAGGAGACCCUCAUCAAGUAUAGAGGGCUUCAGAAUAUACGUAACCUCAGAUGCAGAUGAACCGACUCGAGACUUUACCCUUGAUGCAUACGCCACCACGACCUCGAUCACUGAUCUGACACCUGACCUGGACUAUUCAGUGUCCAUAAACUCCUUCUAUGGGACAGAAGAGAGCAUCCCAAUCUUUGGACAACUGACUAUUCAGUCCAGUAACACCAGUGAGCGAGUCAGGAGGCCACAGUCCGAUGCAAUCAAGUGCUCAGUCAGUGCAAUUGCAGAUCUGGUCUUUCUGGUGGACGGCUCAUGGAGCGUGGGCAGAGAAAACUUUAAACACAUCCGUAGUUUUAUUAGCGCCCUGGCUGGAGCCUUUGACAUUGGCGAGGACAAGACCAGAGUGGGCGUGGUUCAGUACAGCACUGACACCCGCACAGAGUUCCCCCUGACCCGCUACACCAGACGAGGAGACCUGCUCCAAGCCAUCAACUCACUGCCAUACAAAGGGGGGAACACAAUGACAGGUGACGCCAUAGAUUACCUGAUACAAAACAUCUUUACUGAGGCGGCUGGAUCCAGGAAAGCUUUUCCAAAGGUAGCCAUGAUCAUCACCGAUGGAAAGUCCCAGGACCCAGUGGAGGAGCAUGCUAGAAAGCUCAGGAACAUCGGAGUGGAAAUAUUUGUUCUAGGUAUCAAAGGAGCAGAUGAAGAUGAGCUGAGAGAAAUGGCUUCCAUGCCUCACAACAAGCACGUGUACAAUGUGCCCAACUUUGACCAGAUCCAAGAAGUACAGAGAAAGAUCAUCAAUGAAGUGUGCUCCGGUGUCGAUGACCAGCUAAGCUCACUUGUCAGCGGUGAAGAAUUGGUGGAGCCAGCCUCUAACCUGCAGGUCACAGAAAUUGCCUCAAAGUCAAUGAGGGUGACGUGGGACUCAUCACUCGGGGAAAUCACGGGCUACAAGCUCACCCUCAUUCCCAUGCUUCCUGGAAUGAAACGCCAGGAGCUGUACAUCGGACCUACACAAACAUCCAUCAACGUCCGUGACCUUUCCCCUGAGACCGAGUAUGAGAUCAGCCUGUAUGCCCUCAAAGGUCUGACCCCCAGCGAAUCAAUCAUGGCAAUGGAAAAGACCCAGCCUGUCAAAGUGUCAACCGAGUGCUCUCUGGGUGUGGAUGUGCAGGCCGAUGUGGUCCUCCUGGUCGACGGCUCCUACAGUAUUGGAUUACAAAACUUUGCAAAAGUCCGUGCCUUCUUGGAGGUUCUGGUCAAUUCCUUUGACAUUGGACCCAGCAAGGUCCAGAUCAGCUUGGUUCAGUACAGUCGUGACCCUCACACUGAGUUUGCUCUCAACACCCACCACGACAUCAGUGCCGUCGUCAAAGCCGUGCGCACCUUCCCCUACCGUGGUGGCUCCACUAAUACUGGCAAGGCCAUGACUUACGUCCGCGAGAAGAUCUUCAUCCAAAAUCGUGGCGCGAGACAGAACGUCCCUCGCGUCAUGGUCCUGAUCACCGAUGGAAAGUCAUCAGACUCGUUCAAGGAUGCGGCCACCAAGCUGAGGAAUACUGAUGUGGAGAUCUUUGCCGUUGGUGUGAAGGAUGCCGUCAGGACAGAGCUGGAGGCCAUUGCCAACGAGCCAUCGGAAACUCACGUCUACGAGGUGGAGGACUUUGACGCGUUUCAGAGGAUCUCCAAAGAACUGACUCAGUCCAUCUGUUUGAGGAUUGAACAGGAGCUGCUCAACAUCAAAAAGAGAAGUUUGCUUCCACCCAGAGACUUGAGUUUCUCAGAGAUUACCUCCCGAAGCUUCCGCACCACCUGGACGGCUGCCGCCGCCGAUGUCCUGUCUUAUCUUGUGCGUUUCCGCAAGGCUGAAGAUGUCACAGGAGACUACAUUUCUAUGGCAGUUCCCCAUGAUACCACCACAACUGUUCUGCCCAACCUUUUCCCCCUCACCACAUAUGAAGUCAAUGUAUUUGCACAGUAUGAAAAGGGAGACAGUUUCCCUUUAACUGGUGAAGAAACCACUCUGGAAGAACAAGGACCUGUACGGAAUCUACGAGUGACGGAGGAGACAACCAACAGUUUCAGGGUAUCAUGGCUAGCUGCUCCAGGUUCAGUGAUCAGGUACCGCCUGACCUACACUCCAGUGAGUGGAGCAGGAGAAGUACUGGAGGCUCAGACCACUGGACCAGAAACCACCAUAGUUCUCCAGGAGCUCUUCCCCAUCACCACCUACCGCGUGUCUGUAUCUCCUGAGUACGCUUCGGGUGUAGGAGGUGCAAUGCAGGUGGAUGGUACCACCAAGGAAGUCCGUGGCUCUCCUCGUAACCUUCGUGUCUUUGAUGAGACCAUAUCCACAAUGAAGCUGGCCUGGGAGGCUGCCCCGGGGAACGUUGUUCAGUACCGCAUCGCCUUCAAACCUGCUGACGGAGGCGAGAGGAAAGAGAUUUCCGUUAAGGGAGAUACCACCCAGGCUCUGCUGAAGAACCUCCGGCCUACCACUGAAUACGAACUGUUUGUUAGUGCUCGGUAUUCCUCCGGUCUGGGCGACCCUCUCCUGGGUACAGGAACCACAUUAGAAGAACUUGGCUCGCCCAGAGACUUAGUGACUAACGAUGUCACCGAUACCAGUUUCGGUGUGUCUUGGACCGCCGCCCCGGGGAACGUUCGCCAGUACCGGAUCAGGUGGAAGUCUCUGUUCAGCGACGAGACCGGCGAGAAGUCCAUCCCAGGAGACACCACCGCCACGGUUCUGGACGGUCUCACCCCGGAGACACGCUAUCAGGUGUCCGUGUAUGCCGGCUACGGUCACGGAGAAGGCCAGCCGCUGGUUGGAGAGGAAACCACGGAUAUUUCAGCCGCUGGCAGAGCGAUUGUUGUCUCAGAGGAGACGGAGAAGAGCAUGAGGGUGACCUGGAAGCCAGCUCCUGGAAACGUGCUCAACUACCGCGUCACCUACAAACCCAAGGCGGGAGGGCGCCAGCUCGCAGCCAAAGUGCCCGGCGGCAAUACCACCACGGUGCUGCGACGGCUUACUGCCCUCACCACCUACGAGGUCACCGUCCUGCCCGUCUACCGUACCGGAGAAGGCAAAACAAGGCAGGGAGAAGGAACAACAUUGUCUCCUUACAAGGGUCCAAGAAAUCUUCAGACGUCAGAGCCGACCAGGACCAGCUUCCGUGUCACCUGGGACCCUGCUCCCGGCGACGUCAAGGGCUACAAAGUCACUUUCCACCCCGUUGGGGAGGAUAUCGACCUGGGACAGCUUGUGGUUGGUCCCUAUGACAACACUGUGGUGCUGGAGGAGCUCAGAGCUGCUACCAAAUACAUGGUGAAUGUCUUUGGUAUGUUUGAUGGGGGAGAGAGUAUGCCACUGGCUGGAGAGGAGUACACCACUUACUCCGAUGCACCUGAUCCAUCUUUUCCUCUUGAGCCAAAUGUGAUGUGUAAGAGCAAUGCACAGGCUGACAUCGUGCUGUUGGUGGACGGCUCCUGGAGUAUCGGACGCCUGAACUUCAAGACCAUCCGUGCUUUCAUUGCCCGUAUGGUGGGAGUCUUCGACAUCGGGCCUGACCGCGUCCAGAUCGGUCUUGCUCAGUACAGUGGAGACCCAAAGACUGAAUGGCAUUUGAAUGCGCAUCAAACCCGGGAGUCUCUGUUGGACGCCGUCGCUGGCCUGCCUUACAAAGGAGGAAACACCAUGACCGGUCUGGCUCUGAACUACCUCCUCCAGAACAACUUCAAAGAGAACGUUGGGAUGCGACCCAAAGCUCGAAAGAUCGGCGUUUUGAUCACUGACGGAAAAUCCCAAGACGACGUCAUUGUCAACUCUCAGAACCUUCGUGAGGAGGGCAUUGAGCUCUACGCCAUCGGUGUGAAGAACGCCGAUGAGAACGAGUUGAGAUCCAUCGCCACGGACCCGGAUGAGAUUCAUAUGUACAACGUGGCUGAUUUCUCCUUCCUGUUGGACAUUGUGGACAGAGUCACUGACAACCUCUGUAACAGUGUCAAGGGACCAGGAGGCGCACCAGAUGCACCCACUGAUCUGGUGACUUCAGAAGUGACUCACCAGUCCUUCAGAGCCACCUGGACCGCCCCCGACGGACCGGUGGAAAAGUACCGCGUGGAGUACAUGACUGUGUCCGGACGCCCCAUGCAGGUGUUUGUGGAUGGGACUGAGACCACGGUGGUUUUGCAGAAGCUUAACCCCUUGACACAGUACCUGGUCAAUGUUUAUGCCGUGGUGGGAGAGGAGAGCAGCGAACCCCUAAAAGGACAGGAGACCACAUUGCCCCUGAGCGCUGUUCGGAGGAUGGACAUUUAUGAUGAGCAGAUUACCACGAUGCGCGUGAGGUGGGAGGAGGCUCCGGGAGCCACGGGCUACAUGCUGCUCUACAGCGCCAUCAAUGCCACCCAGCCGUCCGUCGAGCAGGAGAUGAGAGUCGGCGGAGAUACUACCGAAGUCCAGCUGAAGAAGCUCCUCCCCAACACGGCCUACACGCUCUCCCUCUUCGCCCUCCAUGGAGAAUCAGCCAGUGAACCCUUGACCAAGCAGGGAGUCACCUUGCCCAUGCCACCAGCGGGUGAGCUGAGGGUUCGAGACGUCACCCACAGCACCAUGUGGCUCUACUGGGACGCUGCUCCCGGUCUUGUUCAGAAGUACCUCAUCACCUACCAGCCUGAGGAUGGAGAGCCUAAAGAGCUGGAAGUUGGGGGAGAUGUGACCUCCAGACAACUGGACAACCUGAUCUCACAGACCGAGUACAGCUUAGCCGUCACGCCAAUCUAUGAAGAAGGAAAUGGGCAGCCGAUGCUGGGACAGGCCAUCACAGACGUGGUUCCAGCACCAAAGAACCUCCAGUUCUCUGAAGUGACCCAGACCAGCUUCAGGGCGACCUGGGAGCACGGAGCCCCCGACGUGGCUCUGUAUCGCAUUGGCUGGACUAAGAAGGGAGAGGGCAACUUCCAAUAUGCUAUCCUGAACAAUGACGAGACGACCCACGUCCUGGAGAGCCUGGAGCCUGACACGCCCUACGACGUGUCUGUCACAGCCAUCUACCCCGAUGAGUCGGAGAGCGAGGACCUUCUGGGCACCGAGAGGACAUUGGCCGCUGGUGGUGGUAGUAGACCAUCACCCCUGGCUCCCCCCACCGGAUUAGUCGUUUACAACGAAACGACCACCACUCUGAACGCCAGGUGGACUCCCGCUCCGGGCCGCGUCCAAAACUACAGGAUCACUUAUGUGCCCACAGCAGGAGGCAGGAGCCAGACCACUCAGGUUGGAGGAAAGAAGAACACCGUCCUCCUGCCGAAGCUGACCCCUGACACCGAGUACUCCAUCAGCGUGGUUGCAGUUUACGCCAGAGGAGUUAGCAAAGAUCUGACUGGCCCUGGAAAAACCAAGCCUUUGGGAGGCGUCAGGAACCUGAGGGUCACAGACCCCACAACCAGCACCCUGAACGUGCUGUGGGAACCUGCAGAGGGAAACGUGCGUCAGUACAAGGUGUACUACGUCCCUGCAGCCGGAGGAGAAGAAGAGAUGGUGCAGGUUCCAGGCAGCACCUACAACACGGUGCUGAAGAACCUGCAGUCCGACACCGUCUACACGGCUACCGUGGUUCCCGUUUAUUCUGCCGGAGAGGGACAGCGCAUGUCUGAGAACGGCAAAACACUGGAGCGCAGCCCCGUCAGGAACAUCCAGGUCUUCAACCCCACCACCAACACCCUGAACGUGCGCUGGGAAGCCGCCACGGGCCCGGUGCUGCAGUACCGGGUCGUCUACUCUCCUCUGACCGGAGCCCGGCCCGCCGAGUCGAUUUUGGUACCGGGAACCACCACCACCGCCCUGCUGCAGCAGCUGCUCCCAAACACCGACUACAAUGUGGGAGUUGUUGCUCUUUAUAGCGACGGUGAAGGCCCCGCCAUAAGUGAUGACGGAAAGACACUGCCCCGCAGUGGCCCGAGGAACAUGCGUGUGUACGACCCCACCACCACCACUCUCUCCGUGAGCUGGGAACACGCAGAAGGUCCCGUCAUGCAGUACCGCAUCACCUACGCCCAGACGACUGGCGACCCCAUCGAGGAAUACACGACAGUACCAGGCAACAGAAACAGCGUGGUCCUGCAGAACCUGGAUCCAGACACUCCUUACAACAUCAAAGUGACCGCCAUCUACCCGGACGGACCAGGGGGGCAGCUGGAGGGAGACGGACGCACAGUGGGUAUGCUCGGACCCAGAAACCUCCGUGUUUCUGACGAGUGGUACACCCGCUUCAAAGUGGCCUGGGACCCCGCGCCCUCCAGGGUCAAUGGAUACAAGCUCAUGUACCGACCUGAAGGCUCUGAUGAGUUCAUGGAGGUGGCCGUUGGAGAUGUGACCUCCUACCAGCUGCACAACCUCAAACCUGGAACCACCUAUGACCUGAAGGUCCUGGCUCAGUACAACACAGGCGUCAGCGCACCUCUGGACGGCCAGGGCACCACAUUGUACUUGAAUGUGACAGACCUGACGACCUACAAUGUUGGCUACGAGUCCUUCUGCAUCCGAUGGGCCCCUCACAGAGCAGCCACCUCCUACAGACUCAAAGCCAAUCCCUUUGACACCUCAAAGAGCGGAGCUCAGGAGAUCACCGUCAGAGGAUCUGAGAGCAGCUACUGCUUUGACGGUUUGAGUCCAGACACUCUUUACAACGCCACAGUGUUCACCCAGACGCCCAACCUGGAGGGACCCGGAGUCAGUGUCAAGGAGAGGACAUUGGUCAAGCCCACCGAGGUGCCAACCGAACCCCCCACCCCUCCUCCUCCUGCAACAGUCCCCCCUGCACUGGACGUGUGCAAAGGGGCCAAAGCAGACCUGGUCUUCCUCAUUGACGGCUCCUGGAGUAUCGGGGAUGAGAGCUUCAAUAAAGUCAUUCAGUUUGUGACCAGCAUGACGGCGGCCUUCGACGUCAUCAGCCCGAGCGGCAUGCAGGUUUCAUUCGUGCAGUACAGCGAUGACGCCAAGACCGAGUUCAAACUGAACACCUACCACGACAAAGGCAUCGUGCUCUCAGCCCUGCAGACGGUCCGCUACAGAGGAGGCAACACCAAGACAGGCAUCGCUCUGAAGCACGUCUACGAGAAAGUGUUCACCUCCGACAGCGGGAUGAGGAGGAACGUCCCCAAAGUGCUGGUGGUUGUGACAGACGGACGAUCCCAGGACGAAGUCAAGAAGAGCGCCGAAAAGCUGCAGCAUUCUGGCUACAGUGUGUUUGUUGUUGGAGUGGCUGAUGUGGACAUGGCAGAGCUGAGGAACAUCGGCAGCAAGCCCAGCGAGAGACAUGUGUUCGUGGUCGACGACUACGACGCCUUCGCCAAGAUCCAGGACAACCUCAUCACCUUCAUCUGUGAAACGGCCACUUCGACCUGUCCUCUGAUCUACAUCAAUGGAUUCACCACGCCUGGCUUCAGGAUGUUGGAGGCUUUCAACAUCACGGACCGAACGUUUGCCGGCAUGAACGGCAUCUCGAUGGAGCCGGGCUCCUUCAACAGCUACAUCGCCUACAGGCUGCACAAGGACUCCUUCCUCAACCAGCCCACCAAGGAGAUCCAUCCCGAGGGUCUUCCCCCAGCUUACACCAUCAUCCUGCUCUUCCGCCUCCUCCCCGACACGCCCUCCGAGCCUUUUGAUAUCUGGCAGAUUUCAGACAAAAACAACAACCCCGAGGUUGGGCUCACGGUUAACCCUUCCAGCAAAACAAUCACGUUCUACAACAAGGACACCCGAGGAGAAAUCCAAAGAGCCACUUUUAACGAGGAGGCUGUGAAGCGGGUUUUCCAUGGGAGCUUCCACAAGCUUCACAUCACCAUCUCUCCGGAAAAAGUCAAGCUCAACGUGGACUGCCAAGAGGUGGCAGAGAAGCCCAUCAAGGAGGCCAACAACAUCACUCUGGACGGCUACGAAGUGCUUGGCAAGAUGGUCAAGUCUGGAGGCGGAAAGAGGCAGUCGGCUACGUUCCAGCUCCAGAUGUUCGAUAUUGUCUGUAGCUUGAGUUGGAUCAGCCGAGACAGAUGCUGCGACUUGCCUGCUACAAGAGACGAGGCCAAGUGUCCCUCGCUUCCCCACUCGUGCACAUGCACACAGGACAGCAUUGGCCCCCAGGGGCCCCCUGGACAUCAGGGCAGCCCAGGUUCUAAAGGCCCAAGAGGAGAUAGAGGAGACCCUGGCAGCGCUGGUGCGAUGGGUCCACGCGGUGAGCCGGGACUUCCAGGCGCCAUGGGACCGCCGGGUCCACAAGGCCCCAACGGACUGUCUCUGCCCGGAGAGCCUGGUCGCCCGGGACCAAAGGGAGAUCCUGGAGACCCCGGCCUGGCCGGCGUGCCGGGUUCUCCAGGGCCACGCGGUCCUCUGGGCCCCGUUGGACCAAGCGGAGCACGGGGGCCACCAGGAAAGGAGGGACCAUCUGGACCCAGAGGCCCGCCGGGGCCCAUGGGAAGCCCUGGAAAUCCAGGUGUACCAGGAAUUACUGGAAAACCAGGCAAACCGGGCGAUACAGGAAACCCAGGACCUGCUGGAAUUAAAGGAGAGAAGGGAGAAAGGGGAGACUUUGCGUCCCAGAACAUGAUGCGCUCCAUCGCCAGACAAGUCUGUGAGCAGCUGGUCAACAGCCAGAUGAGCAGAAUCGACAUGCUCCUCAACCAGAUUCCCUCCGGAUAUCGCAGCAACUCUCCGGGGCCGCCCGGCCCCCCCGGACCCCCUGGCAACCAGGGCUCCCGCGGAGAGCCCGGGCAGUCCGGUCGAACCGGUUUCCCUGGAAACCCAGGUCUACCUGGAAGUCCGGGAGAAAGAGGUUUGCCGGGAGAGAAGGGAGAGCGAGGCCCUGCAGGGACCGGCCUCCGAGGACAAAGAGGAACCACGGGGCCACCAGGACCACCGGGAGAAUCGCGAACAGGACCCCCGGGUCCCUCUGGCUCCGCCGGGCCUCGCGGCCCUCCGGGCCGUCAGGGUACUCCCGGGGUGAGGGGACCACCCGGACCCCCUGGAUACUGCGACUCCUCUCAGUGUGUUGGUAUUCCUUACAACGGACAAGGAUACACAGCCAACCGCUACCAGCCCGACCCGGCGGUCGCGUCUAUACCCGUGGAGCCGGCCGGAGAGUUUGAGACAGUACAGUCACGAGACCAGCGAGGAAAGCGAUCGCUACCACGAGACAAAACAGAAAGAUUAGCGUCGUAGCCGCAAGUGAGGAGCUAAAGACCGAGCGCUAUCGAAUCAGCUUCCGACUAAAACCUAGUACUCAGCGAUACGAGCCCUCAUGUUACCAACCUGUGUGCUUGCUAAGUGUUUCCUUUAAGUGUCUGCUUGUAAUAUAACUGCAGUUGUUUAUCGGACUCCCACCUGUAAUGCACUAACCGAGUGAAAACCAAAGACCUUUCAGUGUGUAUGUUUCCGAACUCUUCCUGGCUGCCCGUGUUGUUUUGGUCACAUGUCAGUAUGUAAAGCUGUUUCAGAUACUCCAUUGGUAGUUUAAAAAAAAAGAAAAGAAAGAAAAGUCUUUUUUAUUCCCAAAAGAUUUGUGUACGUUUUGUAUGGCCUGUAAACCAAAUAAUAACUAAACGCAUUUUGUUUUGUUACCAAAGGUGGAAUUGCAUGAUUGUGUUGUAUAUUUAGAGAGGAUUUCUAAGUCAGAAUAUAGUUGUUGUUCUCUGUCGAUGCAGUUUGGAUUUGGUGGCAAGACUAUUGACAUAGGAUUGCUUUUCUCAUGUUUUUAACUGCACAUUUUGUGAAUUCCACACAGCCUUAUUUUCUUAUUUAUUUCUGAAACAGAAGAGGCAUUUUUCAAUAAAACUACUGAAAAUGUAG